GUUGGCAUUCGUAGAGUCCUUUGGGGGGUUCCAAGCCAUGGCGCGACGCCCGCUCUUUGGCGGAGGCGCCUGGGCGAUACUGCUUCCGUUGGUGGCCGGGAAGACGCCCGGCUGCGCGGUCUUCGGCCAGGGGUACAAAGAUGCCGGGGCCCCACCCGCGCUGCCCAAUGGCGCCUUCUUGAUUGAUGCGGCCUCGUGCCAGGCGAGUUGCGACAGCAACCCCACGUGCCAGCACUUCACCUGGCUGUCCAGCAGCCACGCCUGCUGGCUGGGUUCCGAGUCUGCUGAGCUCGUCCAGAACUUGCACGCCAUCUCGGGGCCGAAGGCCUGCUCGCUGGCUCCUGCGGUGCCAGCGCCGGUGCCUCCUACCUUCGAGAUCAGUCCCGUCUUUGUGACGGAGGCACCCAAGGUGUUGGCCCAGCCUGCAACACAAGGCUCCAACUUCUGGUUGUGGCUGCUUGCGGCAGUGCUCGCCUUGCUGCUUUGCGGUCUCGCUGCCUACCACUUGGGGGGCACGAAGAAGGUCCGGGAGAGCGCGCGGAAACGCCACCAGAGGCGAACGCAGGGCCUCCACGUUGUUGAGGAGGAGGAGGAGGACGAAGCGCCGGUGGAGAGUCCGCUGAUGCCCUGGGACCAGCGGAAGCUCGGUUUCCAGGCGCCCGUCGACGGAUUCGUGCGGCUGCCGCUGCAGGCCUCGACGGCGCCUGCAAGCCAGCAGUCGGACCUGUUUCCCACCCAUCGCUAUGUGGUGAGCUGAUCGAUCCGGACGGGACGCACCCGUCCCUCGGUGCACCCUUUAUCCCAGGUCAGUGGGUUUCACCCUCCUCCCAAGUUCUUUGGUGGGAUCCGCGGGUUUGCUUU